CAGCAACACCUCUCUGGUCAGAAGAUGUCUGCUCUUGAAACCCUCUUUCGAUACAUUGAUGAACAUCAGGACCUCUAUAUUCAGCGUCUGGCUCAAUGGGUGGCAAUCCAGAGUGUGUCAGCAUGGCCAGAGAAGAGGGCUGAAAUCAGACGCAUGAUGGAGGUUGCUGCAAAGGAUAUUGAGCGACUGGGAGGCACAACCCAACUUAUGGAUAUUGGGAUCCAAAAGUUGCCUGAUGGAUCAGAGAUUCCUCUACCACCAGUUGUUCUGGGAACUCUUGGCUCAGAUCCACACAAAAAGACGGUGUGUGUAUAUGGUCACCUGGAUGUUCAGCCAGCAGCACUAGAGGAUGGCUGGGAUAGUGAGCCUUUCACGCUGGUAGAAAGAGAAGGAAAGCUGUAUGGGCGAGGAUCAACAGAUGACAAAGGUCCAGUGCUUGCCUGGCUGAAUGCCUUGGAGGCUUAUCAACAAACUAACCAGGAGUUUCCAGUAAAUGUGAAGUUUUGCCUAGAGGGUAUGGAAGAAUCAGGAUCUGAAGGCCUUGAUGAACUGAUUUUUGCUCAGCAAGACACUUUCUUCAAAGAUGUGGAUUAUGUUUGCAUUUCUGACAACUACUGGCUAGGCAAGAAGAAGCCUUGUAUCACCUAUGGCUUGAGGGGUAUCUGCUACUACUUCAUAGAGGUGGAAUGUAGUGACAAAGACCUUCAUUCUGGAGUUUAUGGUGGUUCUGUACAUGAGGCCAUGACAGAUCUCAUUACUCUAAUGGGUUCUCUUAUAGACAAGAAAGGGAAAAUCCUCAUCCCAGGCAUUAAUGAAGCAGUGGCACCUGUUACUGAUGAGGAGCUAGCACUAUAUGAGAAGAUUGAUUUUGACCUGGAAGAAUAUGCAAAAGAUGUAGGAGCAACAAAACUAUUGCAUGAUACAAAGAGAGAUAUCCUUAUGCAUAGGUGGAGAUACCCUUCCUUGUCUCUUCAUGGAAUUGAAGGAGCCUUCUCAGCCCCUGGAGCGAAGACUGUGAUUCCUAGGAAAGUGAUUGGCAAGUUCUCAAUCCGGCUUGUGCCAAACAUGGCUCCUGAAGAAGUCACAAAGCAUGUUGAAGACUACCUGAGCAAAAAGUUUGCAGAGCUGCAGAGCCCCAACAAAUUCAGUGUAUACUUAGGCCAUGGUGGAAAACCCUGGGUGUCAGACUUCGAUCAUCCUCACUACAUGGCUGGUAGGAGGGCCAUGAAGACAGUUUUUGGAGUUGAACCAGACCUGACAAGGGAGGGAGGAAGCAUUCCUGUUACCCUUACUUUUCAAGAUGCAACAGGCAAGAAUGUCAUGUUGCUUCCUGUUGGAGCUGCAGAUGAUGGUGCCCACUCUCAAAAUGAGAAGCUAAAUAGGUACAACUACAUCCAGGGGGUGAAGAUGCUUGGUGCAUAUCUCUAUGAAGUUUCCCAGCUGGAGGAUUAAGUUAGACACCUUACCUUCUGGCUUCAGAAGUCUGAAUUCUCUUGUUAAAUAUCACAAGUCUUCCAUGGCUCCCCUUUUCCACCAGUACUCCACUGCUUUGGUGGGGGAGAGGGAAGCAUGCAGUUCCACUUGACAAAGAACACUGUAUAACGAAAGUAUUUCUUUAAAUGCUUACUUCAAAUGACAGACUAUUUCUUAUCUGGCCAGCAGUCCUGAACUACAUCUUUGUCGCUUCUGUGUCACUUCAAAGUUGUGGUUUGCUGUACUCAUCUACUUUUCCUGUAAAGCAGGAGGAGUGGUUUGCUCUCAACUGUUUAAGCAGCCACAUCAGUUGCAGAACUGCCAGCCAAGUUUAAAGUUCUUAUUCCUGGAUAUGUCCUGGAAGUAAGUAGUCAAAGUGACAGAUUACAGGGCUAUACUGGAAUGUGUUCAAGCUGUAGUGAGGCAUCUAUCUUGCUAACUGAGUGAUUUGAUAGUGGUUUGUCUCUUACAGUUUAUACCUGCCUGCAGGUUUCAAUUUAUAGUGAAUUAGGUUAUAACAAAAUUCACUGUGGUUAUGACUACUGGCCAUCUUUUUGUAAAGCUGCCUCCUUUGUACUCCCUAAAAAGGACAAUAAAUAAUCAUGCACUAGAA